GUGGAGACUAAAAAAGUUAUGGGGUUAACGAGGUGUGAAGUUGGAAUUUUCCCAUCCUCGAAAACCCAAGACGGGGAGCUGCCUGGAAAUUGGAAUGGAGUCCGAACCAACACCACAGUCACACACUCUCUCUUUCAAAACUUGGCGGGGUUCUCUUUUCUGCAAGUAUUUCAAUCUUCUACCAAAACCCUAAGCUAAAUCCUGCUAUAAUAAACAAAAAAAAGGUAAAAAAAAAGGAUCCUCUCUCCCUCCCAUUCCCAUAGUACUGCACAGUUUCUCUUAUGCAAAUCAUCGAAAUGAAAGCCAUAAGAUCAAUUUACUACACCCAUAAACGCUUCCUUCUCCGUAAUCCCACCAGACUCUCUGUUUCCCUCUCCUUCCUUUCCCGCCAUUUUCACUCCUCCAACGCCCGGUUAGCUCUUAAUUCUCCGGAAACGGAUGGAACCCAUGAAACUCAUCGUGUCUGGACCGCCUUCGAGCCGCUUACUGGCGAGCUCUACACGAGUAGCAGCAGUCGGGAAAGCAGUAACCAGUAUGACGAGUCGGGUUCGGAAGACGGAGCAAAUGCGGACUUUGAGACCGAAGGGACUUAUGGGAAGGCCAAAAGUGCUAAUUUGAGCGACGGAGAAAAAGCCCAGAAGGGAUUCUCAGAUUUCAACAAUAGGUCUCGUUAUUCUUCCAAUGAAAACGCUGAUGAGAUGAGUCGAAAGAAGGCGUUUUCGGGUAACGAGUUGGUAUUUGGAGACAUAGUUGGGAAUAAGAAGAAAGGGAAAGGUAAAGUUAGGUGGGUUUGUGAAUAUUGUGGGUACUCAGAUGGCCAGUGGUGGGGAGUUUGCCGUUCCUGUGAUAAUUCCGGGACGAUGAGGAGGUUUUCAGAAGUGGAGACCAAGAACAGAGGGUUGGAAUUCUCGGAAACUGUGGUGCGGUCUUGGCUACCAAAGGAUGCAGGGGAUGUGGAACCAGUUAGGUUGGUUGAUGUUACGCGUGGGAUUAAGAAGAUGGAUUACCGGAUUCCACUGUCUGGACCCUUUGGAAAUGAAGUUGCCAGGGUGCUUGGUGGUGGUCUUGUUCCAGGUUCAUUGGUUUUGAUUGGCGGUGAUCCUGGUGUUGGAAAGAGUACCCUACUGUUGCAGGUGGCUGCACUAAUUGCUGAGGGACAUGGCUUAGGUCAACCUGCUUGUGUUGUAUAUGUCUCUGGCGAAGAGAGUGUGGAACAAAUUAGUAGUAGAGCUGACCGUAUGAAGAUUGGAGCUAACGAACUUUACCUUUACUCUGGUACUGAUAUCGAGGACAUUUUGGUAAAAAUUCGGCCACGCUCACCACGGGCUGUAGUUGUUGAUUCAAUUCAGACGGUUUAUCUGAAGGAAGUUAUUGGAAGUGCCGGUGGUCUCUCACAGGUCAGAGAAUGCACGUCUGCUUUGCUGCGGUUUGCAAAAAAAACCAACAUCCCUGUUCUUUUGGCUGGGCAUGUAACAAAAACUGGUGAAAUAGCUGGACCUCGUGUCUUGGAGCACAUUGUAGAUGCUGUCUUAUAUCUGGAAGGGGAAAAGUGCUCAUCUCAUCGUUUGCUUCGACCUGUGAAGAAUCGUUUUGGGUCAACUGAUGAGCUUGGAGUUUUUGAAAUGUCACAAUUAGGACUCCAAGCUGUUUCAAACCCCAGUGAGAUGUUUUUAAGUGAUCAGAACUCAGAUUCAGAGUUUUUAGCUGGACUCGCUGUUGCUGUAAUUAUGGACGGAUCUCGUGCUUUCCUUAUUGAAAUUCAGGCAUUGUGUGUGUCUAGCUCAACAGUUUCUAGGCAUGUGAACGGAAUCCAAGCAAGCAGAGCUGACAUGAUUAUCUCUGUCCUUGCCAAGCAAGCUGGUCUAAAGAUCCAAGAGAAUGCUGUUUUUCUAAAUGUUGUCAGUGGAGUGUCAUUGACAGAGACUGCCGGGGAUCUUGCAGUAGCAGCAUCAAUUUGUAGCAGCUUCUUAGAGUUUCCUAUUCCUAGUGGAGUUGCAUUCAUUGGUGAAAUUGGCCUUGGUGGUGAGCUUCGCAUGGUAUCGAGGAUGGACAAAAGAGUAAGCACAGUUGCAAAACUGGGAUAUAAGAAGUGUAUCGUGCCCAUGAUAGCUGAGAAAUCACUGGCAACACUUGAUUUUGGGAAGAUGGAGAUUAUUGGCUGCAAGGAUUUGAAGGGGGUUAUCAAUACCGUGUUUACUAAGUACUGAAAAAGAGUUGGACAUCAUUGGUCCAAAAAAUAUGUAUCAUAUUAUCUGUAUGCUUAUUUGUAAUGUGUUUAGUUGUAUGUCAGUUCCCAAGAACAAAACAAGGUUCAAGGGCCUCUUCUUUUUUUCAACUAUGUAGAGCGUGCAAGACUGUUAAUAUAACAUACUUACACAGCUCCCAUCUGCGCCUGUUCCUUGAUCAAUUAUGCU